GCCUGGGCUUGCUGUGUGCGGCCCACAGACCUCCUCGCGGGUGGAAGGUGGAGAGCGGAGGCCUCCCUUCCAUUGAAACCCAGAGAUUAAUGGACAGAAAAUCUGUUUUUAAAUACUUUCGUUUCUAAGCCAUGAUCCAGGCUAGAUGAACCUUAUUAUUAUUAUUUUUUAAAGAUUUUAUUUAUUUAUUUGACAGAGAGAGACACAGCAAGAGAGGGAACUUGGGUAUUGUCCCAGAACAUUCAUGUUAGGACCUUUAAGACAUUUUAAAUUGCUUGGUAAAUACAGUAUAGUAAAAUUGAAUGUAUCUGUGGGACCAGUCAGACCACGAAGGACACAAAAAUCUGUUAAGAGUGGAUGCAGGCUUGGUUUCAGAAGAUCCUUUUCUGACACAUCGGGGUACAGAUGAUUUCAUUAUAAGCUAGUUGGCUAGGACACCUACACAUUAGGCACCAAACUAGAGUCGCUCAAAUGAAAGGAGGGUAACCCACAUUUGCUUUUGGAACCAUGAAAAUUUUGCUUGUUUUUGACUUUGACAAUACAAUCAUAGAUGAUAAUAGUGACACCUGGAUUGUACAGUGUGCUCCAGAGAAAAAGCUUCCUAUUGAACUACGAGAUUCUUACGAAAAAGGAUUUUGGACAGAAUUUAUGGGCAGAGUCUUUAAAUAUUUGGGAGAUGAAGGUGUAAGAGAAGAUGAAAUGAAAAGAGCAGUGACAUCAAUGCCUUUCACUCUAGGGAUGGUGGAACUUUUGAACUUUAUAAGAAAGAACAAGGAUAAAUUUGACUGCAUCAUUAUUUCAGAUUCAAAUUCAGUCUUCAUAGAUUGGGUUUUAGAAGCUACCAGUUUUCGUGAUGUGUUUGAUAAAGUGUUUACAAAUCCAGCAGCUUUUGAUAGCAAUGGUCAUCUCACUGUGGAAAAUUAUCAUGCUCAUUCUUGCAACAGGUGCCCAAAAAAUCUUUGCAAAAAUGUAGUUUUGGUAGAAUUUGUAGAUAAACAGUUACAAAAGGGAGUGAAUUAUACACGAAUUGUUUAUAUAGGUGAUGGUGGAAAUGAUGUCUGCCCAGUAACUUUUUUAAAGAAGAAUGAUGUUGCCAUGCCACGGAAAGGAUACACUUUACAGAAAACUCUUUCCAGAAUGUCUCACAAUCUUGAACCUAUGGAAUCUUCUGUUAUAGUUUGGUCUUCAGGUGUUGAAAUAAUUUCUCAUUUACAAUUUCUAAUAAAGGAGUAAUAUGCCAACAA